AUGGGAAACUCGGCUUCUGGAGACAAGGGCAGGUACCGCCACGGGUAUCAUGUUCUCAUGGUCAAGGAGAACACGCCCGCUGCCCGAGCUGGUCUUCGUCCGUACUUUGAUUAUAUCAUGGGUAUCAACGGCAUCCGGUUGAACAAAGAGGACUCGGUUCUGCGCGAUCAAAUGGAGUCGAGUGAAGACAGACCUGUGAUUCUGGAUAUUUACUCUACAAGGGAGCAGGCGUUACGAAAGGUGGAAUUGACACCUGUUCAGAAGUGGGACAAUGGCAAGGAUGGGUAUAUUGGAUGCAGCAUUCGGUUCUGUCUCUUUGACACUAUCAACGACGUCGUCUGGCAUAUCUUGGACGUGGCACAUGGUUCACCGGCAAUGGAGGCUGGACUUUGUGCUCACGCAGAUUAUGUCAUUGGAACACCGCUGGGGAUCAUGAGGGGCGAACGAGACCUUUAUGACCUUGUCGAGGAUUACAUUGAUGACGAGUUGCCCUUGCAUGUUUAUAACGCCAACACCAACGAAGUCAGAGAGGUCAUUAUUAUUCCGCGUGAGGACUGGGGAGGUCAAGGUCUUUUGGGCUGCGAUGUUGGAUUUGGAUAUUUGCACCGGUUACCAAAACGCGACUCCUCACUUCAAACAAACGGUUCGGGAGAUGUCAAGGAGAAGGCGCACCCAGCAUUAGCCCAUACCAAGAAAGCAGCAUAUCAAGAGACACCGACCUUUGGUGAGAAGCAACAAUUGGAGCCUUCAGUAGAUAACACUGCCACCAACAAGCCCACACCAGAGGACCCAAUCACAGAAAAAUCAGCUCAUCAUCACCACGGAGUUCACGACGGCAAUAACAACACCACAGAUACCCAGGAGUCUAGAGACUACAAAACGACAGCUCCUACUCCACAACCAGCCAAACUCGAAACGACCGUGUCUAAUGAUGAACGACCAGUGCCUGCGCCAGCUACCGCCAACGGUGAUGAUGACGAGGAAGAGGCUAUGACGGUAACUGUCACUGAGCGAUCAAAUCCGGAACAACCUGGAGCAGUGGCGACAGCUACUGCAGAGCCUGAACAAUCCACCGAGGCUGUUGUCACCCCUGUCGCACCAACAGAUAACAACACAGCAGCACCGGCGGUAACUGAGGAGGAGGAGAGCAGGAAAAGCGAGUCUUUGUCGUCACCCGCCGAGAAGGAAGCCCCAUCAAAGUCGGAAGAGUCAGAGACACGGAUACCUUCUGAAAACUUCGUCGAUUCAGAAAAGACGGCAGACCUCGCAAGGAUCGAUAGCACCAACGAGACACCUACGCCUCCCCCACAUCAGCAACAACACCAACAGCAGCAAAAUCGUCCACAGGCUAUCGCGGCAAGGAUGAAACCCGGUAUCCAUGGCCGCGGCAGUUUUAGCGCCGGCAUUGGUGGUGGGAGAGGGAGAAUUGGGCAUGACGGAUUUGCUAGGAAUGGCGGGAUCUCAUUACAGGAUGUGCAGGCUCAAGCGCAGCAGGGGUCGUCCGAGUACCGUGAGGAGAAGGAGAGGAAGGAGAAGGAAGCGGAGGUGGAUGAGAUGUCGGCGUCGAAUGAGUCGUUGAACGUUCAGGUUCUGGAUCGCGACGAUGGUAGCGACGAUGAUGAUAGCUAUAACGACGAGAACAAGGGUGGAGGAGGAUUGAAAGGGGAGAAGGGAGAGAGGCGGAGGACGAAAGAGGAGAUGGAUAAUGAUUUCCAUGAGAUUGUGGUUGAAGGGAUGAUCCGUAAUAUGUCCCUUGGUUCGUCAAUCUUUCCUCUGUGA